CCAAUACCACCAUUUCCAGUCCUCCAGAUCCGGCGUUUCCCAACCUCGCUCGACACGCACACGCCUCGCCUUCCGCUGCUUCCCGCCCCAACCACCUUGGCGUCAGAUCCCGCUGCUCCCCUCUCCGCCUCCCCGCGCGGCGGCGUGUCCUCUCCGAGAUCCCGGCAUGGAUACGGUCGAGAAGAUCGUCGAGGACUUUGCCUCGGACAUCGCUAUGAGUCCCUUCUCCUCCGGCACACGCCUCCGGGAUAUGAUACGCGCGAUACGCGCGUGCAAGACGGCGGCGGAGGAGCGCGCGGUGGUGCGUCGGGAGUGCGCGGCGAUACGCACGGCUAUCAGCGAGAAUGAGCCGGAGCUCCGGCACAGGAACAUGGCCAAGCUCAUGUUCAUCCACAUGCUCGGCUACCCCACCCAUUUCGCCCAGAUGGAGUGCCUCAAGCUCAUCGCGGCCGCGGGGUACCCGGAGAAGCGGGUGGGCUACCUCGGCCUCAUGCUGCUACUCGACGAGCGGCAGGAGGUGCUUAUGCUCGUCACCAACUCCCUCAAACAAGAUCUCAACCACCCGAACCAGUUCAUCGUGGGCCUCGCGUUGUGUGCACUUGGUAACAUCUGCUCUGCUGAAAUGGCGCGGGAUCUGUCGCCAGAAGUGGAGAGAUUGAUGCGCAGUAGGGAAGUCAAUACAAAGAAAAAGGCUGCUUUGUGCUCUAUAAGGAUCGUAAGAAAAGUGCCAGAUUUGGCGGAGAACUUCAUGGCCCUGGCCGCAUCACUGUUGAAAGAAAAACACCAUGGGGUUCUUAUAUCUGCAAUUCAGCUCUGCACAGAACUAUGCAAAGCCAGCAAAGACGCUCUGGAGUACCUGAGGAAGAACUGCAUUGAAGGUCUGGUUCGCAUACUGAGAGAUGUGUCCAAUAGUUCAUAUGCUCCUGAGUAUGAUGUUUCUGGAAUUGCUGAUCCAUUCUUGCAUAUUCGAGUUCUUAAACUUAUGCGCAUCUUGGGUCAAGGCGAUGCAGAUUGCAGUGAAUAUAUGAAUGAUAUUCUUGCUCAGGUUGCAACAAAAACUGAGUCAAACAAGAAUGCUGGAAAUGCCAUUCUGUAUGAAUGUGUUCAGACAAUAAUGGGCAUUGAAGCUACUAGUGGUUUACGUGUUCUGGCAAUUAAUAUUUUGGGUAGAUUCUUGUCAAACCGUGAUAACAAUAUAAGAUAUGUUGCUCUUAACAUGCUUAUGAGGGCCAUUGCAGUUGAUGUACUGGCAGUGCAGAGGCACAGGACAACAAUAUUAGAGUGUGUAAAGGAUGCUGAUGCCUCCAUUCGCAAAAGGGCCCUUGAACUUGUUUUUCUGUUAGUCAAUGACACAAAUGUGAAGCCUUUGACUAAAGAGCUCAUUGAUUACUUAAGCAUUGCGGAUCCAGACUUUAAAGGAGAUCUCACAGAAAAGUUAUGCUCAAUAGUUGAAAAGUUUUCUCAAGAGAAGUUAUGGUACCUUGAUCAGAUGAUCAAGGUUUUAUCUCUGGCUGGAAAUCAUGUGAAGGAUGAUGUAUGCCAUGCCCUUAUUGUUGUAUUAAGCAAUGGAUCAGAGCUUCAAGGAUAUUCAGUGAGGUCAUUGUAUAAGGCCUUGCAAGCAUAUGGCAAACAGGGAAGUUUAGUAAGAGUAGCUGUUUGGUGCAUUGGUGAAUAUGGUGAAAUGCUGGUGAACAAUGUUGGCAUGCUGGAUGGGGAGGAACCAGUUAUGGUAACAGAAUCUGGUGCUGUGGAUGCUGUAGAGAUCGCUCUUAACCGCCACUCUGCAGAUGCAACAACUGGAGCUAUGUGCCUGGUUGCUCUUUUGAAGCUCUCCUCACGAUUUCCAUCGACCUCAGAGAGGGUGAAACAAAUAGUUGCCCGGAAUAAGGAGAAUGUUGUGCUUGAACUACAGCAAAGAUCAAUUGAAUUCAGUUCCAUAAUACAAAGACAUCAGUCUAUCAGAUCGUCUUUGCUUGAACGUAUGCCUGUAUUGGAUGAAGCUAGUUAUCUAGUGAAGCGUGCUACUGCUACACAAGCAACUAUUUCAGCAGAUAAACUUGCCCCGACGGUUGCUCCUGGAGGCCUUAAGCUUCCGAAUGGUGUAGCAAAACCCACCUCAGCUCCUUUAGCUGAUUUGCUUGAUUUGAGUUCUGAUGGUGCACCAGCUUCAACCACCACUUCUACUACAACACCUAAUGGUUUUCUGCAAGAUCUUCUGGGUAUUGGUGGAGUGAGUACAGGAACGACAGGUGUACCUUCAAUUGCUAGCACAGAUAUUCUUAUGGACCUUCUAUCCAUUGGAUCAUCUCCAUCACAGAAUGGCACGCCUGGACAAGGUGAAAGUAAUCUUAGCUGUAGCAAUUGCAUGUUUAUAUUUAUGACCAUUGUUGAAUUGUGUCAUACUGAUGCAGCAGAGUCUAAACCUGUUCAUGCUGUACCUGAAGCUAUUGAUCUGCUCGGUAGUUUGUCAUCAACUACAUCUGUUUCUGCAGAGACUAAACCCACACAUUUGGUAUCUCAAGACAUGGAUCUGCUCGAUGGUUUGUCAUCAAGUACAUCUGUUUCUGGACUAGAAAAAACAGUUCACCCAUCAAUAACAGCUUUCCAGAGUGCAACCUUGAAGAUCACCUUUGAUUUCAAAAGGCAGCCUGGAAACCCGCGAGAGACGACAAUUCAUGCCACUUUUACAAAUUUGACAUCGAGUACCUAUACAGAUUUUAUUUUUCAGGCCGCUGUUCCAAAGUUCAUCCAGUUGAAACUGGAUCCAGCUAGUGGCAACACUGUUCCAGCUAAUGGAAAUGGUUCAGUUACUCAAGGGCUCAAUGUCACCAAUAACCAACAGGGCCAGAAACCACUUGCAAUGCGUAUCCGGAUGUCUUAUAAGGUGAAUGGCGAGGACAGAUUGGAACAGGGCCAAGUCAGCAAUUUUCCUUCUGGUCUAUAGUGCCAUUUGUGUAUAUUAUAUCAUGUUGUGAUAGUUAUCUCAAAUUUACGUGUUGGGGACAGCGCGAAAAUUUCUUAUACCCUGUUCCACGUUUUCUCAUUUUAUUCAUGUCCCCCCAUUUGCGGGGUACUUAGAGCAAAUAGUUUAUUGCGGCCAUUCAUUUUCUUGACCCAUUUAUAUAUUGUAUAGUAAGCAGCCAUGUCGUAUCUUUAAAUUAAACGUGAUGCAUUCAUGCCUGAUGUACACCACGCCACGCGUGAGGAUAAUCAGAAAACAUUCAUUCAACAUCUCA